ACCAAUCGACUCAUCCAUUUUCGAUAGUAAAUUAAUACAUGUAAAUGUGAUAUCUCCCCUCAUAUCCCCCACUCCAUUGAUUGACGCCCCGCCCCUAGUCACUGGUAACCGUUAUCUCAUUUUUCUUCCCAACAAUUUCCAAUCCGAUAAACCUCAGUCUCAAAAGCCCCUAGGUGCACAAUUCCCAUCUGUCUCAUUGUACCAUCACCAUUGAACAAUCAACAAUUCACAUAAACAAUAGCUAUCCCACCCUUGCGCCAACACCACGAAAACGGAGUAAAAACGAGAGUGUUUACAACUUUAUGCACUCACUUAACGUGUAAUACCAGUUCCAAGUGUUCUGUGUUGUUUGACAAAUACGUCCUGAUACAUCAACGACAUCAUCCACCCAAGAAGGUUUACAGGGAAAGAAAUGUCGACGGAGAUAUUGGAGAAGAAGCCUCGACUGCUGGUUCGUGAUGAUGAUAUACAGAAUUCCCUGACAAAUGUUACACCGAGGGCAAUUGUUGGAAAGGAAUUCGUUGAUGAUGUGGCACUACGAGAGGCAUUCGUCGGUGUUUUGAGGCACAAGAAGGACAUCGCCGUUGCGUUGAAAUCAAUAACGAGUAUUCUUCCAGGAUGUGGUCACCUGAAGCGAUGCUCAGGGAACCGAUUAUUCCUAGCCCUGGUGAAAAAACCAGGCAAUCCAGGAAAAGCGUCAGGUCCGUCAUUCGCAUCUGCGGACGAGCUCAAGACGUAUCUGAUCGAGAGGGGCUUCAAUUUGAAUAUUUUCAGAGAUGAUUUCGACAUUGUUAGUGUCCCUGAGAGAUCACCACGUACCAGAGCCCAAUUCUCGAAGACCUCUCAAACCUGGCCAGUGAAUUUCCACCCUGACUCAUCGAUCGAGGUGAUCAUCAAUGGGAAUUUCUUCGAUUCCAAACAACUGGGGGUCAUAGAGUCCUGCAUGAGAGUCUGCAUCGCGGCUGCCAAGAGCUCAGCAAUUGGUAAUGUACGUUGUAAUGGUUCAGCAGUUAUUCUGGAUCCCGAUGACGAGGGGACGAGUAGAAUAUUAGCUGUGAGCACUGCUAGGGUCAAUGAGCAUCCAAUGUGGCACGCUGCGAUGCUGGCGGUGGACCUGGUGGCCAGAAUCAGAGGUGGCGGUGCCUGGAAAUUAUUCUCCGAAGGGACUGCGACCGACAGAAAACGAGAAUGUCCGUCCAAUCUUCCAAUCCUCUAUCCCGACUCCCUGGAAUCAAUCGUCAUCCCUCAGUUCAGGGACUCAGUCGCUCCAGAGGUCAAGGAAAAAUCACAGGAGGACGAGCGCAAGUGUCCAUACUUGUGCACUAAUUACUGGAUCUUUCUCCUGAAGGAACCGUGUCCUCUCUGCGCAAUGGCUCUUCUGCAUUCCAGAGUUUCCACGAUAUUUUAUGGGGCAUCUAAUGACGCCUCCGGGGUUCUUGGCUCCAGGGCUCUACUGCAUACCCUCCCGGGGCUAAAUCAUCGGUACAAAGUAUGGGCGGGGGUUCUUGAGGAUGAUUGUAUCAAGACUGCUGAGAGCCUUUCGGUUGUUGGGCAUUAAUCGAAGGGAGGGGAUAAUGAAAUUUAUGAUAAUACGUAAAAGGUAACAAGUUGAUUAUCUGAGAACCGGAGAGAGAUACGGGAAGUGUCAUGAGGACCUCUUUUGUAGCCCCGCUUUACAGCUACAAGAAAGGGCUUUAUGAUAAUUUUAAUAUGUCUCGUUGAUUCGGAGAUAUUUAUCGAGAAACAACUGUCCGAUUAAUCCACUUGUUAUCUUUCGUCUCUUUAUGUGAAAAUCAUUUGUUAAAGAAAAUCAAAACUUUCCUAAUGACUUAAUCUCAAAGUCACGAUGUCACUCAAUCAUGGAGUAUCAGGGAAUAAAUGGGAUUAAUAAAAAUCCACCGAUUAUCUCAUCCGUGUAUUCAAUGUCAACGAAAAUUACCUUUGAGUGUCAUCAGAAUGGAUUGAAACUAAAGUACAAAAGACCUGUUCCGACCCCCCAUUCCGUGAUUUCCGUUUACAACAGAUCGAGAAUAACGAUUGUCUCUAAUUUCCCCGUAAAUACCGAUACAAGUAUCAUUAUUCCAAGUGACAUUGAUGGUCUGCACUUGGUCCAGAGGAUAAAUGCCCAUGUUUCCACGCGUGGCAGAGAUCUCUAAACGAGCUAUUGGCAUUCAAGCGAAUAGCGUACGUAAUCGACCCCAAGUGAUUGACACCAAUUGUCGCAAUGCAACACGUGGAGAUUUGUCUUAAAAAAUAACCGGGAUAAUAUUUAAGGAAGUUAUUGUCAAUAUUAAUGUACAUCAAUGGAAAUUUGUAUUUGAAUAAAAUUGAACGGUGAUUAAUAAAUUUUUA